AUGAAUUUUUUGCUCUUCGCAUUGGCGCUAUUGGCUGUAGCUGCCGCAUGUCCGCCCUGCUGCGAGCAUCCCAGAUGUCCCGACGAACAUCCCUGCCCUUGUUCAAUGUCGAAAAAGCCUGCACCUUCUCCACCUGAACCAAACUGUGGUAAACGCUGUAACGAAAAACCUUGUAGCGCUCACAAAGUUCACAAACUUGACAAUUAUGGAGGAAAAGACUGGUUCCUGCCUUAUGUGUCACCUUUACAACGUUUCUACAGCGAACGGUACCGUACACAUCACUACCACACCGAGCCGGGACCAAUUUCGAGCUUCCUCGCCGACACUUACCACAUAGAACCCUCCCCGGGCAGAAUGAUCACUGUUCGUUCAUACAACCAGCAAAAACACGAGAUUCGUCGCCAUUGCCCCUUCUUAGUUCCCCUUUAUACUGCGAUCAAUACGAAGACAAAAUCUCAGAAAAUAACCACCAAUGUGGCGCAACUCAACAGACUUAUGGAAAAGGGAGGAUGGUACAAGUUGCAACAGAUUGGUUACUGCGUCAAGGGAAAGAAGUGCAGAGCUACCAAAGGACUCGUGGAGCUUCAUAUAAAGCACAUACUCUCGGACAUUCUCUACACAUCGGACACGAACGAAAUCGGUGUUGUGAAUAAUAGGAAUGACUUUGGGGGUACAGCGACAAGCCCUCUAUGUUACUUAUGGCUGUGA